ACUUUGCGUUGUUAUAUUUAAAAUUACAACUGAGAACAACGAUUAUCAGAAAGCAACUUGUGAAGCCCGCGAGAUCUACACUUUUCACUAAGUUUGGAGUUCAGGGCGGCCGGAAACUUGUUGAUCUGCCUUGAAUACUAAAACUAUCGCUGGCACGAUGCCGGCUGGGCCGGAGAAAGUUGUUCUUCACCCCCUAGUAUUGCUUUCGGUUGUGGAUCACUAUAGCCGGGUGGCAAAGGAUACCAAGAAGCGUGUCGUAGGCGUCCUCCUUGGAGAGCUUUACAAGGGGACAGUCGAUGUUACAAAUAGCUUUGCGCUGCCUUUCGAGGAGGAUGACCAUGACCCCAGCAUUUGGUUCCUGGACCACUCCUACCUAGAACAAAUGUACAAAAUGUUCAAGAAGGUUAACGCCCGCGAAAAGAUUGUGGGCUGGUACAGCACCGGGCCUAAGCUGCGGGAGGCGGACCUGGAUAUUAACGAGCUCAUACGACAAUUCUGCGACCACCCCGUGCUGGUCAUUUGCGAGGUCCAGCCCAAGGAGGUUGGCCUGCCCUUCACUGCCUAUCACUCCGUCGAUGAGGUCCGGACUGACGGAACCGAGAAGGCCAAGAAGGUGUUCAACAGCUUGCCCACACAAGUGGGUCAGACGGAGGCGGAGGAGAUUGGUGUGGAGCACCUGUUGCGGGACGUCAAGGACGCCACGUUGUCUAGCUUGGCGGGAGAUGUGUCGUCCAAGCUGCUGGCGCUCAAGGGCCUCCAGUCGCGUCUGGCGGAGAUCUCCGAGUACUUGGGCCUGGUGAUCGACGGCAAGCUGCCCGUCAACCACGACAUCAUCAACCUGGUGCAGGAGAUCUUCAAUCUGCUGCCCAACAUGAACGUGGAGUCCCUUUCCAAGUCGCUGGCGGUCAAAUCCAACGACAUGAUGCACGUUAUCUACAUCGCCUCUCUGGUUCGCUCCAUUCUGGCGCUUCACAAGCUCAUCGACAAUAAGGAGCAGCGCCUGUGGCAGGAGCGCGAGGCAGCCAAGAAAGAGAAGGAGAAGGCGGAGGAGAAGGCCAAGAAGGAAAAGGACAGCAAGGAGGCGAAAGACGGUGGCAGUGGAAAGGAGGGCGAGGCGGCCAAGGACGGCAGCAGCAAAGGGGCGGAGGCCAUCGGAAAGAAAUGAGCUGGGCGGCCGGAAGGGCCUGCUCGGGCCCUCAUGCGCGCGGUGCGGCCUGUCGUCAUUCAUUUGUCAUUGCGGCCUAUUGUUGUGGAGCUUGUUACGUUCGGUUAGGUUCGGACCCGCUGUAGGGUAGCUGUGUAAGGCAGCAGGGUAAGGCAGUAGGUAGGUAGGGGACCGUGGGAUCGCUGUUUUUUCGGGUCCGGGGUUCCUUCUGGAGUCCCCGGGAUUCUACCCCGAAUUUCGCGGUGGGCCCUCUGUGGAGUCUCGAGUGGCGAUGGAGGUCUCAAGUGGUCUUUACUGGCGGUUGCCUCCUGCAGUACGAAUGCGUGCGGAGAGAGCGGGUACGUAUGUACGUUAGUCCGUACGGUGUAACGAGGAGGAGGGGUCCCGUGCAGGUGGCGGGCGAGGCUGCGGCGAGUGCAAGGCAACAUGGUAGGCGGGCGGUGAAGAUGUGCAGGAUGAUGACUGCGGUAAAAUAAAGUGCAUCGC